CUCUCUCUCUCUCUCUCUCUGUCUCUCUCUAACUUCCUUCCUCGUCAUGGGAACCAGUGCUUGUCUCUGAUCUCAGAGACCUGCGAGAGGAAAGCUUUGCUGAUGCAGAGAGGAAAAGUGCCAUUAUCCAGGACUGCUGUGGUUGUAUUUCUGCUGAAAAAGAAGGCUUGAUAAAGAGUUUGUUUAAAACAAACUCUUUUCCAAGCACUGUUUAGUGCCAGGCAUACCCUGUUUGGUGAGAGGGUGUGUGCAGGCUAAUUGCUGAAAUGUUUGGUGACUGAUUACGUCUCACUAUAGUCAACCUGAUAAGUCUGUGGUUUCCUCAUGUGACCUGUCUAGGUGACCAGAGUCAAUAGUGUAGAUACUAAAGAGCGAGGCUGUUUCAAGCUGAGCUAGUGACUAACACUAGCCUAUAAACCUUUCCCAGCAAGUUUCUAACACAUGUAACUUUUUCCCAUCUAAUUACUGGCUAGUGAUAACCGGUAAUCUGUUUCCCAACAAAUUGCUAGCUAGUAACUUGUUCCCAGCAAGUGGCUAGUGCUAACCCGUAACCUGUUCCCAGGUAGCGAAUAGCGCUUACUACCACCUUUUCCCAGCUAGUGCUAACCUGUUCCCAGGUAGCGAACAGCGCUUACUACAACCUUUUCCCAGCUAGCGCUAACCUAUAACCCUUUCCCAUGCUCCCACCUGGCAGCACUGCGUCAAGGAAGGAAAUGACUUGAGUCACAUGAUAUGAUAGGCUGGUAAUCUCUCUCUCUAGGACAUGUUUAAUCUGGGUUUACCUCCCAGAGAACCUCUCUGAAAUAAGGAUCUGUGACAGUAUCUGCUGACAUCUCCCCCUCCCCCUAGAUAUAGUGUGUGUGUGUGUGUGUGUACGUGGGUGUGUGUGUGUGAAUGCUAAUGAGGUGGGCUGGCAGAAGGGUUGACACCGGUCUGUUAGCCACCGACUGUUCCCAUGGAUGCCCCACCCGUCAUCCAAUCACAUUGCUGCAGAGUCAGGAAGUUGGGGGUCAUUGACCCCUGAGGGACUCUGGGUUGGUAGGGAGGUGGCCAUCAGGAAAUGACUCCUAGCUUCUAUUCAACUAGAGGACCAUCUAUCUCACUCAGUCUGACCUCUGUGGUCUGCUAAACAAGGCUUUUAAUGACUGGUAACACAUGGAUAAGACCUCACUUUGUUCUAUCUGUUAGGUGUGGUCCCAGAGAGGCAGAGAGGAUGGCGUUCCCCCUGGGCCCGCACCCCAACGCUGGCCUGCAGCUCCUGGUCCUGCUGCUGGUCGGCUGUGGCCUGGCGGAGGCCGACCGCAUCAACUUCUACAACGUCAGACCUCCAGUCGAAGCCACUCCGUUUCCUAAGAGCUUCAAGUGUUUCACCUGUGACAGAGCGCAGGACAACUAUAACUGCAAUCGCUGGGCGGAGGACAAGUGGUGUCCACCGAACACCCAGUUCUGCAUGACGGUGCACCACUUCAGCAGCCAGGGCAGAACCAGGUCUGUGACCAAGCGCUGCGCAGCCCACCAGGACUGCCACGCGUCCGGCUGCAGACACCACAGAGACACGGGACACAUUGAGUGUGUUUCCUGCUGUGAAGGGAUGGUCUGUAACGUGGAGGUCCCCACCAAUCAAACCAACGCCGUGUUUGCCAAGAGACACGCCCACAGCUCCUCCUCAGCCAAUGAGAGGCUGCGAGGCAGACUGACACUCCUCAGCCUGGGGCUGGCCACGCUGCUCCUACUGUGACACAGCAGCCAAUCAGAGGAGGUCUCAGAGGGUGGGACCGACCGCGCGAGACCAGUAAUGUUCCCCGAUACUGGUGAAGGAUGUGCCCUGUGACAGUUUGUCAGACUUAACAGUUGGUGAAGUUAUCACCCAGAAGUGCUCUCCAAGGUGAUACUGAUGUUCUUCACGACUGCUUCAGACUGGGCUUCAUCCACCUAGACCAUGGAGUUAGGACAGACUUUCCGAACUCAUGAACCUGAGACAAACUCACUGUGAAGCAUGGACGCUGAACUGACUGAACUCUGGAGCCUGGGAAUGAAGAGACAGUUCAGAAGUGCCUCUCAAGGCUCUCCUGAUAAGGUCAUGUAACUCAGCCAGUAGAAACUUGGCUGAUGAUGAUGAAGAUGAUGAUGAUGAUGGUUGUUUGUUUCCGACCUGCACACUGGUGGCACAGAUAUGGCUGUCCAGCCCUUCAAGACUCACCACAGCCUCCGCACACCCGUGAACUCAUGGAGAAUCCGAAACUGUGAUGUUCGCCAACUUGCCCUGGUGUCAUUCAUCCCAGCAAGUUCCUAAAAGCUGAACACAUAACCCCGACGUUAGACACAGAACACAGGCUAGCUCUAGUGGAGAGUUGUGUGACGGUCAUUGCAAAGUUUUGCGCUUAGUUUGUCAAUGCCGGUUUAUCUCUUUAGUGUAAUGUCUGACAAAUCCAUGUUUGCACUUUUUUCAUGUUUGAACUUGAUUUUAACAAAACUUGAAUAUAUCAUACUCAGUUGGAGAAGUGUGGACUGUAUGUGGAUGUUUGUAAAAAACGUACGAGACACAUUUAAAUGGCUCCAGUCGUGGAAAAAAGAAUUGGGUUCUUAUGAGUAUCGUUGUGUCUCUGCUUGUUUUUGGAAAGUAUUCUAGUCAUUUCUCCUUACACAACAACUUCUGUCGAAAUGACAUUCCAGUGUGGCAUUUUGAUAUCCAGUUCUGUACUGUUGUGAGGUAACUUCAUGAACUUUUACACAGAGCAAACCCAACAUCUCAGGUCUCUAACUGUAAGAUGCCCAGAUUGAUGCUUUGUAUUGGGUACAGUACUGUUAGUGGAUCUACUGCAUUGUUAGACAUGACCUAAAGUGAUAAAAAACAUGUGAAUGCACAUGUUUGUCAUUAUGAAUAUGAAGUACUAUCCUCCAAUGACAUGAGCUGUUUCAAUAUAGACUAUUGUCUGGCCAGGGCAUUCCAGCUCCUCUCAUAUCUAUACAUAGACUGUACUUUAUGAACACCACAACAUCGAGGUUUAUUGUUGAGUAAUGCCACUAACUAUGAAUGACCAUAAAAUCGGGCUUGUUUCCUUCUCUCCACAGUAUAGUGAGCCAACUGUAUGUUAGUACGUUUUUUAAGGAGCAGCGGCUUUUAAAAAAAGGAAAUCAAAUUAGAGAAACCGGACAUGGGAUCCCGUCUUGCGUUUCAUUUCCACCUGAAACCAAUUCUACAUUAAUCUCCAAAAGUACCCUUGGAAGGGAUUGAAGAAGCAUGUGUGUGCAUGUAUGUUCUGACUAGGAGCGAGAGGGAGCUUUUUUCUUCUUUUCCUUUGCUUGUCUUUUCUUCUCGAGGGUGUUUUGGGGAUCCGCUGGCGGGGAAGGCGUUGCGUGAUAGAUCAUAUCCUGGAUGGUGGAUAUCCUGGAACUCUCCUGGUUGCUACCCUGACACCCCUAUGCAGUGAGAGUGAAGCAGCAAGGUCCCUCACCGAGUCCAGCCCCUUGCGUGUCUUGAGAGCGGAGGUGUUGAAGGAACUGUCAAAACAGACACUCAUAUUCAGAGACACCACCCCGAGGGGAGGUUUCCCUUCCUGCUGCGUCUGGGAUUCUGCCUCAGUCCCCACACCUGAUAAACACCGCCUUGAAGGAUGUGAACUACAACUGCAGAACUAGAACAGCAGAACAUGUAAUAUUCAUUUGUGUGCUUCAGUGUUUUGGC